CUCCGCCUUCCAAGGGUUUCCAGGAAUGCCUUUCCCUGUUGUUUCUAAAACAGCGCUCCUGUUCUUUUGAGCCGUGUUUCCUAUUUCAAACCGGGUUUCGGCUGCCCGCAUACCGCUCUUUCUCACCACGCUCUCAGCAAACCGACGCCAGCGACGGAGCAGCAGAGACCACCUGACCAAGUGCAUACUAGCAGCACGAAGAGCAAACACCCGCAAACGACGCAACAAUGUCGUGGGAACGAGAACUCAACCCCCUCAUACAUUCCUACACACACCUCAGCCAUUUCCCCCGUGAGCAGGAGGCCCUGCAUCUUCUGAAGAGGCUCGCGUCCCUCGUCAAGCCUCUGAUGAGAGCCCGCAACUGGACGGUGGGCACACUCGCCGAGAUGUAUCCAGAGGACGACCCCGGCCUGCUCGGCCUGAAUAUCAACAAAGGCGAGCAGAUACUGGUGCGCCUCCGAGAAUCCUCCGACCGCUACCAGUUCCGUCCCUUUGAGAGGCUAGUCAACACCAUGCUGCACGAGCUGACGCACAUCGUCUUCAGUGGGCAUGACCAAUGGUUCCAUGCUUUUUUGGACCAGUUGCACGAGGAGCUCGACGGCCUGAUGGCGAAGGGCUACACCGGCGAAGGCUUUCUCGGCAGGGGCCAGCGCCUGGGCGGUCGCGAUAUCCCGUACCACGAGGCCCUCCGUUUGGCCCGCGCCGAGGCUGCGAGCCGCCGAGCGGACCUGGGGUUCGGGGGCCGCAUGCUUGGCGGCGUCGCGCCGCGGCCUGGUCAGGACCUGCGCAGCGCCAUCCUCGAGUCCGUCGAGCGGCGGCGGGCCGGGAGCGAGCUUGGCUGCGCUAAUAACAACCGUGCGGACCGCGAGCUCCAAGCGAUCUCGCAGACGUGGCUAAGGAACGGCUUCCGCACAAAGGCUGAAGAGGACGCGGCGAACGAAGCGGCCAUGGCGCAGGCGCUGUGGGAGCUUGUCCACGAAGAGAAGAAGCGCAAGAAUGCCGAACGCCCGACGCCGCCUAGGCCGGUGUCUCCUGAGCUGCGAAGCUACUGGGCUUGUAACCUCUGCACACUGCAUAAUCCGAUCCACGCGGCUACUUGUGGCGCCUGCGGAAACUGGCGCCCGAGGGACCUAAGAGAGAGAGAGGUAAUAGACCUUACCGAGAGCCCCCCAAAAAAGAACAAGCCGAAACCUGGACCCUCGUGGAGGAAACCAGCUCUGCCAACCCCAGCUCCGCCACGGCCGACGACCUGGCGGUGUUCAUUCUGCAGCACCGAAAUGGAGAGCCAAUGGUGGACCUGCUCGCUGUGCGGCAAGAUGAAGGAGAGCUCAUGAUCGACGAGGGUAGAUGAGCCACAUG